AUGAAUGCAUAUAAGCCAAAAUUUCAUAAAAAGUUAAUGAUUUCGCCUAAAAAUGCGUCUUAUGAUCUCAAUUUUAGAGGAUUCAGCUAAGGCUCAGCUGUCAUCACUCCAUAAGCAGAAAAGGUUUAAUCUACCAGAAAUUCUUUUGCUAUUGAUUAAAAAAAUAAAGACUCAAUUUUGUAAAGCAAUAUCAGCUAACCUGAAUCAACCAAGUAGAAUCAUUUUGGAUAUCAAAAUUAGCUUGCUCACUAGCAAAUACAGCAAUAAUAGCUUUAACAACAGCAACAAUCUCUAUAGUAAAUGUAGCAGUAAUAAUAGUAGAUGACAUUAUAGCAGUCAUAGAAUUAACUUAAUCAAUAACAUUAAUAGCAGUUAAUUAUGAUGAUUUAGCAAUAAUAGUAGUAGCAACAUGGUUAGUAGUUGCCAAAUUAGACUUCUUCUAAGAAGAGUAAUUAGUAGUAGUAAAUGUAGUAAAACCAAAUAUAAUAGUCUUAGUAUUCGAAUGUUUUGAAUCUUCUUAUGCAAUAGUAGCCUACAUAACCUCCAUAAUAACAUUAGCAAAUUUACUAAAAUUUGAACAAUUCCCAACAAUAUACCACCAUGCAGUAAUCUUCAGGAUAAAAUUAUUCUAACUAAUCUUUUACCACAAAUCGUUAAAACUCAAACGCUAAUUAUUUAUACCAUUAACUUAACCCUCCUCAAUCAACAAAAGCUGCUGAUUCGAAUAGGAGACAAAAUAAUCCUUUCAGUGGAACAUAUUCAACAAAGAAUACUUCUGCGCCUUAAUAGUUAUUAAAAGAUAUUUUGUCUAAAAUUAACAAAGAAUAAGUAUAACAACAAUUACCUUAUCAAUAAAAUUAGUAAGUACUUAGAUCAUCUCAUAUGAUGAAUAACAGCUAGAAUAAUAGCAACAGUAAUGUAGUUAUAUUAAACAACAACACGCAAAAUGCAAAUAAUUAAAAUAUUUAUUCUUCUAACUACGUAAAUACCAAUCCUGAUCUUAGUAAUAUAUAUAAUCCUAAUAAUCUUGCUGCUAUGAACCCAUAACCUUCAUCAACAAAAUCUAAUCGUAUUCAUUCACAUUACUUCCCUGCAACAACUAAGAAUAAAAGCAACAGAAAUCCAAGUCUCGAUAAAUUGAAUGAUUCUUCUUUUUUAAGAUUAAAAAAUGUCCAAUCACCAAAACAAAGAACAAUUAGAACAAUAAUGCCUGGUAGUAAUAGAGAUAAUUCUGUUGGGAAUAAUUCUUCAAUAAAUAGAAACGGAUAUUUCUAACGCGAAUAUAGUGAAAGUGGUGUAGAUGCUAGUAAUUAAUAUAUUCUCCCAGCAAGUUUAUUGCAAUAAAAAACAAAGAGAAGUGGCAACAGUAUUACUGGAGGAGUAAAUAAUGUUAUUGCAAAUAAUAAUAACAGCUAUAACAAUGGAUCAUAUAGCAAAAUAUAACCUCACUUACCUUAAAACUAAACAAGAUAAAAUGGCACGCCAUAUGUAAAGAAAGAUUUAACAAUAAAAACAGGUAACUCAAUAGAGACUCUAAAAGAUAUUUUAUCACCUACAAAUAACAAUGCAAACCCUAAAACUACAACUGCUACUAAAGACUCUAAGAAGCACUUGAAUAGCAAUACUCUACCUAUACAAAGUUACACUACUACACAUGCGCAAUAAAUACAUCAAUAAAAAAGAUUGCUCCAAAAGCGAGAUGAUCAAAAAAAUAAAUCAAAUUUUAUAAAUUCUUCUUUCUAAUAUAUUAUGGCUAGUGAAAACAAUAGCGUGGAAAACACAAAUCGUUUUUCCUAUAACGUGAUGAAUAAUAUGGUAGCUAAUAAUUAAGGACAAAAAUUGCUAAAAAAUAAAAAUAAUUCGAUGGAAAACUAGCAAUUCAAGAAUUUAUCAUUCACAUAACCUCUGAAUGAUUAGUUCAAAUAAACAAAAGAAAAUAACAACACACAAAACUCAAAUAAUAAAAUUCUUACAGUUAAGUAGUAACAGUAAAAGCAAUAAUUGUAAUUUAUACAAAAGGGACUAGGUUAAAACUCAAGCAAAUAAAAUUAAUCUUCUAUCUAAACCAGCGAAGGAAAUGAAAACAAAUCUGAAUCUAACUAUGAAAGCUAAGGAUAAAAUUUAGAUAACUUUGAUCAACAUAAGAUAGAUUUGUCAACAGCAAGCUAGACUCCUUUUAGAAAUGGCAAUUCUACAAAUGAGAAAAAAACUUUAGAUGAUAAUAACACAAGGAAUACAGAGAGAGAUGAAAAAAAAGAAGAACCUUUAGAUUGGGAAAAAGUGAAAGUACCAAUAACUCCUUUAGAAGUAUUAGCUAAGUACUAAAAGUAUUUAACACCUUAGGAAAAAGCAGAAAUAUUAGAGUUCAAAAGAAUAUAUUUUAUUGGCCAUAAUGCAAACAAAGCUGCUUAAGAAAAUGGUAAUAAUGAUGAUACUAAAGGAGAUUAUUAGUAUAAUGUUAAUGAUCACAUCGCUUACAGAUAUGAGAUUAAAGAGUUUUUAGGUAAGGGAUCCUUUGGAUAAGUUCUAAAAGUUUUUGACCAUAAGAGAAAGGAGUAUGCAGCUCUUAAAGUUAUUAGAAACAAAUAAAAGUUCCAUGAAUAGGCCUUAAUUGAGUUGAAUAUUUUACACUACAUCAAAGAAAAAGAUUAUGAUAACUAAACAAACAUCGUUAAAAUUAGAGAUUUUGUUAUUUUUAGAAAUCAUGUGUGUUUGGUGUUUGAGUUGUUAAGUAUUAACUUGUAUGAUUUACUCAGAAAUAAUAAAUUCUAGGGUUUAUCUUUGGAGCUUAUUAGAAGAUUUGCAAUUCAAUUAUUAAAUGCAAUAUCUUUUUUGAAAGAAAAUAGGAUCAUUCACUGUGAUUUGAAACCUGAAAAUGUCCUAUUAAAACAACCAAAUAAAAGUGGUAUUAAAAUAGCUGAUUUUGGUUCAAGCUGUUUCGAUGACUAAGUCAUGUAUACUUAUAUAUAAUCAAGAUAUUAUCGUUCUCCAGAAGUCAUUCUCGGAAUACCUUAUGGUACUGAAAUAGAUAUGUGGAGUUUUGGAUGCAUUAUAGCUGAACUAUUUUUGGGAUACCCAAUUUUCCCAGGAGAAGAUGAAAAUGAAUAAAUGGGAUAUAUAAUGGAAUUAUUAGGUGCUCCAGAUUCAGAAUUUUUAAAAAAAUGCUCAAGAAAGAAAUAUUUCUUUGAUCAAAAUGAUUAACCUCUUUAAAUUCCUAACAGCAGAGGUAAAAUUAGAAUGCCAAACAGUAAAAAUUGGAAAAGUGUAAUCGGAUGCACUGAUGAUAACUUUAUUGACUUCAUUAAAAAGUGCUUAGUUUGGGAGCCUUCUUAAAGAUUGACUCCUCGUGAUGCUCUCCUUCACCCUUGGAUAUUAGAUGGACUACCUGAAGAUAUUCGUGUGCAGCACAUAAAAUUCUUGAAAGAUAAAUCCUUUGAAACAGCUUCAGAAAAAGAAUUCCAUAAAUAAAGUUGCCUGUAAGCAUAAUAUAACGCGGAUGCUUAAAGUGCAGCAAUGGCUUUGGCUCUACAAAAGAUUUAUAAGUACAAUAAUAAAAAAAGAAUUUUAGAAAAAAAAUCUACAACAUAAGGAACUGUCUCUGAAGAAACUAGAAACUCUGUCAUGGAGGAAAAAAAAUAGACUGCAGAAGUGAGCCAAAUGUUUAAUAACUUUUUUAUUCAGCCUGAAAGCACAAAAAAUAAUAAUAAAAAUAAUUAGAAUUCUUUCAACAACAAUACAAAUAAUUCCUAAAAUUUUAGUAACGGAAACCCUAUGAACGACACAAAUAAAUCAAAUAGUUUAAAUCAAAAUAAUUUUUCUAACAAUAACAAUAAUAUAUAAAAUUAAAAUAACUUCAUUAUUCUCACCAACCCAAAUAAAAUUAAAAUUCCAAAUGCAAAUAGUAAUAGUCUAACUUAAAAGAAGAAAAUAACAGCUUAAAUCCUACAAGAUCAGCAGAACCAACACUCUUUUUAAGCUAAUUAAAACUCAUAAUAAACUCAACAAAAAUUGACUCUAUAAUAACAACAAGUCUAAUUAUAACUGUAGCUACAAAAAAUAGCUUAGUAAUAAAAAUUAUAAAAACUUUAGUGA